GACCUGGACAUGGGCAAGCAGGGCAAGUCGGCCUCGGACGCGGCCAAGGCGCAGCUGAGCAAACUCAUCGGCAGGACGACCUGCGUGGUGGCCGCGGCCACGAAGAAGAGCUCGGCGCAGUCCGAGACGGACAAGAAGGUGAAGCUCCUGGGCGCGCUGCUGGACCGGCUCAUGGAGGUGAACCCGGCCAGCCGCUUCAGCGCGGCGGAGGCCGUGAGCCACGAGCUUCUCCAGGUCGCGGCGGCGAGGCUCUGCGCCGAGGAGGAGGCGGUGCAUGGCAUGAUGCAUCCGGGCCGCGUGCUGUUGGGCGGCACGCCCGUGUACGGGGGCGAGGGGCAGUAUUUCCCCAUCGCAGUGCGGACGGUUGCGCAGGCCGUGGACCCAGCAGCUGUGGAGGCUGAGAUGCUGAGAUUUUAUGAUUCGCGGGUGCUGAAGAUUCAAGCGGAAGCAGGGGAUGCAGACCACGCGCCCAUCGAUGGUAAUCUUUAUAGUUACCUGGCGCUGCGCGUGUUCGGGGAGACCUCUGGGCUGUUCCAGGUCAAGGACGCUGAGAAGGAAAACCCCUUUCUGCUCAGCGGCCUGGCGCUGGUCAUCGUUAUCCAGAUCGUUGGUCCAAUUUGUGUGCUCGCGUACGCCUUCCCGCGGGCUUUGGCCAUGAUGGAUCUGUCGCCAGAACUUUUCCUCCUGCGUAGUGAGGGCAACUUGCAUUUCUUGUCUACCUUCACUGUCACGAAGCUGAGCCAGAUGCUAAUUGGCACCCUCUUUAUUGUACUUUUCAUUCUAAAUGGCCUGUACGUCCUCGAAGAGGAUCGGCAGACCGACAAGAGACUAGUUCACUUGUGCCAGGUCUUCCGUGCUGCCUCGAGGAGGGACCCGCGGAUUCCAGAACCUUGCGAAGGUUGGCUCUUUGUCGGCGCGCUCGUCAAUUGUUGGGUCUUGGUUACGACUGCGUUGGCCAUGUGGCCGUGCUUCCUUAUCGCCGAUCAGGGCCCUAAAGAGGUUCUCUUCGACGCCUUUGCGCUGACCUUCUUGUACAAUCUGGACGACAUCUCGGGUGACCUUGGCUUCCUGAACGACCAGUGGGAUUCGGAGAUGUUUGGCGAAGUCUACGGGAGUCUGGACUUUCUUCAUAACCAUCCUGGUCCACCUUCGGGCGGCGCGCGAGCGCGCGUUCACCGCGGAUAA